AUGGACCUUUCUACGGCACCCCACUGCGGCAUCGACCCAGGCGACGUGCAGGCGCAAGUGGAAGAAUUGUACGCCCAUAUCCUCGCCUGUGUCGAUGUGAGUCUUGACAAUGAUGAGGACAAUGAUCACGACGGGGCUGCUUUUGCCUCUAAAACUGUUGCUGUUGCGGGGUCAAAGCAGAAACGGCGUCAUGUCCAUCAAUCACCACAGUCCCCUGUUGCAGGCUGCCCGUGCUGUGGGCGCGAUGGGAUUGCAGAGGCCUCUGCCAGCACCACCACAGCUGAUCGUGCCACCUUUUCGAGUAGCCCUGCUCAAGCUUGUUGCUGCCACUGUCACUGUUCCCAGCAGCAGGAGCGGCAUUCGACACAUAUUACGGAUGCGCGGAGUGAUCAGCGCGCGGCCAUGCCAGAAGCACUGUUUCAAUCAGCUGCGCGUGCCUUGUCGCAUCGCACAGGCGGUGUUUCCGCGGCGAUGCAACGUCCACCACCGUCAACAUUCGGUAGUGGUCGCAAGGGUAUGUCAGAGCCAGUGAAGAAGACCACCAUACCUGGGCCGGGAUCGUACUUCUGUAGCGCUGCCGACAACAGCGUGCGCCACACCCUUAGUAGUCGUAAUAUGAGUGCUCAUUCUGGUCGGCAUGGCGCAACGGCGGCCACCCGCACUGCCGCGGACGAGGCCAAGUCGUUAAAGCGUCAGUUCGCGCUGCUGUGUCAGUGUUACUGGAAGCAAUUCCCGGAGUUGGAGACCCCCACAAAUCCUGCAGCGCAUGCAACGAAUUGUCCCUGCCAGUCCAUCCGCGCGGCCUCGCCGCGGAGUGAGAGUAGCCGAAGUGAUAGUAGUGGUGGAAAAAGCAACAGCAGCAAGGCUUCAAUGUGUGAUGGCAAAAAGAGCCGUUGGCGAGCGCGUUCCAACACCCAUGUGUCGCCACCACGCCUUGGGGUGCGCCGCGGGAAUGAGAGAGGUGCGGUUUUUGGCACUUCACCUCGGCGAACGAUCUUCGCGGGAGCAUCGCGUGACAAUGCUGAUAACGAUCAAGCUGUCAAGUCUGAUAAGAAGCGACAGGAGAAGCGUGGCGCACACGCCGAAGACGCCAGCAAUGGCGCUCCACGAGGUGUGGCGGAAGAUCCCAAUGUAGCACGGAACAAAACACCCUCCCGUGGGCGGCGACCUACAGGAGUAGCGACACCACCUGGUCCUGGUGCCUACAAUGUGGCCAGCGCCUUUGACGCGACCGCAAAGAAAGGUACGGCGAGGGGUGUGUCGAUCGGACGUGCUGCGCGGCAGCUGCACACGCUGACGGACGCCCCUGGACCUGGAACGUACAGUACCGAGACAAAGGUGGCCACAGACGUGCAGCCAAAGAAAAAAUACUUUCUUACGACAAGCCCCCGCGCGUUGCAGCUGGUUGCCGCGAAGGAGGAUAAGGAUCGGCCUGGGCCAGGUGAGUACCGUACGGAAACGUCGAUGCGCACAGACGCGCGGCACAAAAACGCCCCUUCAUUUUCCUUCGGCCGUGCCAAGCUGCCAGAGUGUGCCAAGGCGCUCUUCACUCCCGCAGAGAAUGCAGACGAGGUGCCGGGACCUGGCACAUACGAUAUUUCUACCGCAAUGCCCGAUAGCAGUGCGGCUGCGGGUGGAAAAAGAGGGGCAAUCAUUACAACCGCAAGUCGCGGUGACAAUAUGUGGCGUGGUGUGCCAUUCCAGCCGGAUGACGUGCCAGGUCCAGGGACCUACACGCUCACAGAGGAGAAGAAAGGGCCUGCCUACUCGCUGCGUCUGCGGCCUAUUGAACGCGUUGAGCCGACGCCAGGCCCCGGGCAUUACGUGUUGCCAAAGGAGAUGAGUGGACAGCAGUGGACAAUGUCCUCGCGGUGGUCAUCGCCACCCAAGCAAGAGCCAACGCCAGGUCCGGGUGAUUAUUCUGUCCCUAUCUACGAUCUGCGGCGAGCGCACUCCACUGCGCCUCUGUUUACCACCGCGCCGCGCCUGUUGCAUGAGGCGGCGGAUCAGGCAGCGCUUAUUCCAGGUCCGGGCGCAUACGACACAAAUAACCCAGCCGACUUGACGCGAACGGUUGUGAUGGGAACAGCACAGCGCACGCUCCUGUUCGAGGGCUCGAGUGAAAGGGUGCCAGGGCCAGGUUCCUAUGUCGUACAGUACACCGGUCAGGAGCGACGCGUGGCGGCGCCACUGCUUGGGGUCACGGCACCACGGUUCGACAAGGAUGACCUUGGCGCGUCCACCGGCCCGGCGCUUGGUCCAGGCUACUACGAUAUGGACGCUCAACUCACAUUGGCAAACCGGCGUAGCGCUGUUGUGGGUAGUGCGCCCCGCCCAUUGCUUUUUGAUGCGCAUGCUGCUGCAACGGAUGCUGGUCCAGGCGCGUAUGACAUUGCGGUACCAAGGGAUGGGCCAUCCUUCUCAAUACGGCACCGACCGGUGGAUACCACCACACCGGAAAAGCUGAUGCCUGGUCCCGGGCUGUACGACCCAUACGAUUCGCCCGUCGGCCCUAGCGCAGUGAUGGGCAGCGCGGUGCGGUUCCAGCCCAGUGACAAGGAAAAAGCGCGUGGUGAGAUCCCUGGGCCUGGCGCCUACACGGAUGUGGCCCAUUUGAGUGGGUCACCGGCUGCGGUGUUCGGUACAAGCCCCCGUCUUAUACACCCCGAAGAUGCUACAGGUGGUUGUAACAGCGGAAAUGGUCUUGGGCCUGGUAGCUACGACCCACAGUUGGCCACGGGCAACGUGGCAGGGGCUGCGUGGAGCAUCGGUCCUCGGUUUGCGGAAGAUGGGCGAAGUGAGGCGCCUGGUCCUGGUGCGUACGAGAUUUCAUCACAUUCUCCGACUCGAGACGUGUUUUUUGGAACGGCAGGUGAUAGGUCCGACUGGCUUCUUCCAACAGACGCCGCAACACUUCCUGGUCCUGGGUCCUAUCUCCCACAAAACCUGCAAGAACGAGUCUCUCCGGCUGUGGUGUUGGGAUCUUCCCCGCGGCACUUGCCUUUACCGGAAGAACGAGAAACUCUCAUGAGGGUUAAUAUUGGCCCAGGCACAUACGAUGUUGCUUAUCCAUCCUCUCAUGUGUUUCACGCCACAGUUGGAAGCGCGGGGGUGGGGCGACCGGAGGAGAAACGUAUAGACUUGACUCCUGGUCCAGGGCAGUACACUCCUGCAGGCCCCCAUGUCCCCCAGCCACGAUCUGUCGUGUUCGGCACAGCCUCACGCAUGCCACUCCAGCUUGAAGACUAUGAAGCGCCAGGCCCAGGCGCGUAUGCACGAACAGAUGUAGCUGCAGCCACUGGAUUACCCGCUGGGCCUGUCACCUUCCCGAGUGCCCCACGGUUCAACAACGCGGGGGGAAUAGCCACUGACGGGAACAAUGGCAGCAGCGGUACACCAGGACCUGGCGCCUAUGCAGUGGAAAAGCAAGGUGAACGCACGAUAGGUGGUGGCGGCGGAGGAGGAGCUGUUAUCGGUACAGGACCGCGUGUCCUCGGCCAUGAGGAUCGGAAACGGGCACUACUACCAGGUCCUGGACAGUACCAGCCGUUUAGCAAUCUGACGGUGGCAAGUGCCCCUGCAUAUCCGUUUGGAACUGGUCCUCGCAUGAUGCUCAACGGCGACAGCGGCGGCGACCACAAUGGCGACGUGCCUGGGCCAGGAACGUAUGAUGUCAUUGUUCCUACCUUCACUGCGCCCACAACUCGAUUUGGGACUGAGGCUCGUUCAAUGGGACCUCUGGUUCUGGCAGAGCUUCCCGGACCUGGCGCAUAUGACACAACAGAGGCAACAGUUGCCCUCGGACCUGCUUAUCGAUUCCCCACCGCACCUCGAGAGUUGCACGCUGCUAUAAGCGAAACACCUGGGCCUGGACAGUAUGACGGUAACAACACCGAAGUUGGCGCAUGGCGUCGUGUGGAUGCACCAUCUUUCCCGACUGGUCCGCGUUUUUUCAUGGCGAAUGACAACAGCCUACUCCCUGGGCCUGGCCAAUACACACCCCACCACCCUCAAUGGGUUGCCUCGCAGGUGCACUUUUUUCCAACGGGUGGAAGGGAUCCUCCUAGCAAGGACGAUGAGUUGCCUGGCCCAGGUACAUACAACCCAAAACAGCUAUCGCCUUCACCCGCCGCCCCCGUUUUUGGCACUGAACCGCGUCGUAUGGUAGCAACUACUGGCGAUCCCAGCAGCAGUACCACACAUCCUGGUCCAGGGUACUAUAGCCCAGCACUACCCCUGGAGGGUCCUUCCAUUCGCUUUGGCACAGCCGAGAGAGGUAUAGUGUAUGAGGGCAACGACAAUGAAGACACACCCGGACCUGGUACCUACGAUGUAGCUAGAAAGACGAAUGAGGGGCCAGCGUUUUCCAUGCAUCGCACUGCACCACGAGGGCCGACACUGGUAGAAGUGGAGAAGUCCCAACUACCUGGUCCUGGGGCGUAUAUGAUACCACCAGCGUUUCCUGCGACAGACGGUGCAGGAGCAGCUGUUUCAUUUCUCAAGGAAGUACGCUUUCAGGUUCCUGCUUCCGCACAACAGGAGGCGCCAGGUCCAGGAUUCUACAAUCCCCAGUCACCCGAGUCGGCAGCAGGCCCUAUCAUUGGCCGUGCACCGCGCCUAGCAGAGGUGGGGUUUGCCGCGGGUAGUGCAGAAAUGCCAGGACCCGGACACUACGAGGUGGGUGGUGGGAACCCCAUUACCACCAACACCGUGGAUGGUGGUGUGGCGAUGCGUUUCACGUCCGCGCGCUUUACCGAGGGUGGUGAGGCCACGGCACCCGAUGCACCAGGCCCAGCGUCAUACAAUCCCGUGGAUACUCGUGGUAUGGCACCCGCGGCGUCUUUUCCUCAAGCUUCGCGUUUUGUGGUUGCGGAGUUGCCCAACGGGGUAGGCCACCCUGGUCCGGGCGAGUAUAGUAUCCCCUCCGUGUGGCAUCAAUCCGCGGCCACAGGUUACUCUUUUGGCACCAGCACACGGGCGCAACUUGGCGAUGCCGCGCAACAGGACAUGCCUGGUCCAGGCAGCUACGAUGCGGAUCGAUACGCAGCACGGUUCCUGGCAGGUCCUGCAUUCACACUGCAGGGGAGACCGACUUACGGUGAUGAACGCACAGCGGCCGAUUACCCUGGACCUGGAGCAUACUGUCCUAGACCCGUGGAAACGGCACGCGCAACAUCCUUUGGUGUGCCACCAACUGUAGACCCUGAGGCGGUGUUUGCUGCUCGCGUAAAUGCCACUCCUGGACCGACAGCGUACGACAUUCCUACAACCCUCAGCCGACAGGCGGUCACAAUUGGCACGGCCGACCGAACCGAGAAGCAAACAGAGGAUCUUCCUGGGCCUGGUGCGUAUCUGACCGGCGGUCCAGUGGUGUUGCCGAGUCAACCUGCAUUUAGUUUUGGUUAUGCUUCUCGGCCUGACAUUGCCCCCCGCUCGCAGUACGAUGCGCCUGGGCCUGGUGAGUAUCAUCACCCAAUAGAUCCGAAGCCAUCCGUGCCGGUAUUCACAUUCGCAGGCGCGGAACGGUUCGGCGAGGGGGGGACUUUUAAUGGUAUCGGGCCUGGGCAGUAUUACCACUCCGGCCCAUUGGAAGCACAAGAUGGUCCCGCCUUCAGCUUCCCGAUAGCGCAACGGAAUGCAACGACGGCAACUGGGUCAACGAUGGCAGGAGUAGCGACAGCAAGUGGCGCUGGUCCAGGGGCGUACUAUCACCCACAUCACUGGGAGUUGACAGGGCGUGGCCCCUCAUUUCCCACUACAAUGGGUCACUAUCCCCCAAGACCUGGUGCUGAUACGCCUGGACCUGGAGCAUAUCAUGUGGAACCGCGUGCAAGCGCACCGGGUACGACAGCAGCAGCUGUGGCAGCUGACUUUAGGACGGAGCGGCAGUCUCUGCAGCGGGUACCGGCGCAGACGGUGACAGAGUGA